AUGAGCACACGCAACCGCACCCCGCCACUCUUAGAACCCUACCUCCGUCUCCCCACCCCCGGAUCCCAACUCCUCCUCACCGGCGUCCUCGACUCCUCUCCCCAAUGGCUGGUCACCCGCUUGCUACGAAGCGCAUUUACUCCCACAGAAGACUCCCAACCCUCAGAAGAGCAGGAUGUAACCGUAGUCUUGGUGUCUUGGAUGCGCGACUUUGAAUUCUGGAGAAGCGAGGCUAGAAGAGGCGCUGGUAUCGAUCUGGCUCGUCUGGCUCAACAGGAUAAAUUUGUUUUUGUGGAUGGGCUGACGCAUUUGUUUCCUGCACCCCAACAACAAACACAACCCCCUCCGACCCAACCCUCAAAAACAGUCCACCUCAAAGACUCUUCAAUCUCCUCAACCCACUCAUCUCUAACCUCUCUCCUCACCACCCUCUCUUCUUCCCACCCGUCUCGUAGAAUCCAUCUAAUCCUCGACGCACCAACCCUCCUUCUCUCAACUUCCUCUUCCCCGUCCGCAUCUGCCCUUUCUUCUUUACUCUUAUCCCUGCGCUCGUUGGUGUCAACAACAACCUUGGUGCUCGAAGCCGAUUUCCCCUUCCUUGCCGCCGCACUCCCAGAUCUGCAACAUAAAGCCACACCGCUGGAAGCUGCUCAUGCGGCGUUUGUGGUUCAGCAGGCGCAUAUCAGUACUUGGGUGUUGAGUUUGCGACCGCUGGAUACAGGGAAAGCUAGGGAUGUUAGUGGUGUGAUUAGGGUGAGUAGAGGAGGAGCUUGGGAUGAUGAUGUGGAGGAUGAGGUGAAAGAGCAAGAGAGGAAGGAAUUGGAGGCGUUGUAUUUUGUGCAGAAUGAUGGGGGUGUCAGGGUGUUUGAGAGGGGUGAGGCUAGUGUUGGGUGA